CAAAUUCCAAUACUUUGUUGGCGUAAUUAAUUUUUUUAUGUAUGCCAGGCUUGAAGAUAUCGGUUCUCUCGUCUUCUCUGCUUCUUCCAAAGCCUAACCAGACUUGCUUUAGUGCCUUCGAUUCCUUCACUUCCUCCUUCAUCCAUGGCUUCCGUAGCAUCUCAGAAGCAAGGUGAGCAUACCAAAGAAAAUAUGAGAUCUCAUAUUGGAUUACCUGCAUUGGAGAUCUCUGCUGCAUUCCCUCAGGCAACCCCAGCAACAGUAUUUCCUUCCAUGGCAUGUGAUUAUUACCAAUUUGAUGAUUUGCUAAGUUCCGAGGAGAGUUCACUACGAAAAAAUGUCCGAAAAGUCAUGGAAAAAGAAAUUGCUCCGAUAAUGGCAGAGUAUUGGGAGAAGGCAGAGUUUCCAUUCCAUGUUAUUCCUAAGCUUGCUGCACUGAAUGUUGCUGGGGGAACAAUACAGGGUUAUGGUUGUCCAGGACUUUCGAUCACUGCUAGUGCCGUUGCUAUAGCAGAGAUUGCUAGAGUUGAUGCUAGCUGCUCUACCUUUGUGUUGGUUCAUUCUUCAUUGGCGAUGCUUACAAUUGGACUUUGCGGAUCAGAAGCCCAAAAGCAGAAAUACUUACCAUCGUUAGCACGAUUUAGUGCUGUUGCAUGUUGGGCUUUAACUGAGCCUGACUAUGGAAGCGAUGCAAGCUCUUUGAGUACCACUGCAACAAAGGUCAAUGGAGGUUGGUUAUUGGAAGGACAGAAAAGGUGGAUAGGAAACAGCACUUUUGCCGAUGUGUUGGUUAUUUUUGCCCGGAACACAAGUACAAACCAAAUAAAUGGCUUUAUUGUGAAGAAGGGUUCCCCUGGUUUGAGUGCUACCAAAAUAGAGAACAAAAUUGGCCUAAGAAUUGUUCAGAAUGGAGAUAUUGUAUUAAAGAAAGUAUUUGUCCCAGAUGAGGAUAGGUUACCUGGUGUCAAUUCAUUUCAGGAUACCAGCAAGGUACUUGCCGUUUCUCGCGUUAUGGUUGCAUGGCAGCCCAUUGGAAUUUCAAUGGGUGUGUUCGACAUGUGCCAUCGGUAUCUGAAAGAGAGGAAACAGUUUGGAGCUCCGCUCGCCGCAUUCCAAAUCAACCAGUUAAAACUAUCUCGCAUGCUCGGAAACAUUCAAGCCAUGCUUCUUGUUGGUUGGCGUCUUUGCAAGUUGUAUGAAUCAGGAAAGAUGACUUCUGGUCAGGCUAGCUUGGGAAAGGCAUGGACCUCCAAAACGGCUAGGGAAACUGUUUCUCUUGGUAGAGAAUUGCUUGGUGGAAAUGGUAUCUUGGCUGACUUUUUAGUGGCAAAGGCUUUCUGUGAUCUGGAGCCAAUAUUCUCUUAUGAAGGAACUUAUGACAUCAAUAGCUUGGUGACUGGAAGAGAAAUUACUGGUAUUGCGAGUUUUAAGCCUGCUGUGUUGGGUAAAGUAAGCCGCCUUUAAUUUCAAUUUGGAGCUUGUGAAAGCAAGCGGCUUAGUGAUCAAAUCAUAUUCAUCAAAUUUCCAAGCUUUCCAUGUCAUGUAAUCUCAUGAAAAUUGUUUAUUACAGAUAUCUGCUUACAGAAUGAAAAUAACACCACAAAAUACAGAUCAAAUUCUGUUCUGUGCUUUUUUUUUUUCUUUGA